AUGUUGAGCCAGGGCUCCCCUGAUCGCGAGGUGCUUAUGUAUAAGAUCCAGAAACCGGUGCUUUCCUCUUUCUUUUACCAUGCUCGCAACAGCCCAUGGACUUGGGAGGAGGUCUCACAAGCGUUGAUCUUCCGCUCGUCGGUGUACGAGCAGACCGCACCGACUGAUUUCGUCCGUAAGGACUCCUACAAGUACUACCAGACGCUUUUCCGGGAAAAAGUUCCCUCCGAGCCACAAAACAUGAUGGUCACUGUGAAGGAGGAAAACGAACCUUAUAUCCGGACCAACGCCACCCUUUUGUCCAUUAUCACCAACGACGACCUGGAGCCGCUGCUAGCUACUCUUUCCGACGUUGAGAAGCUGUGGAACAAAAAUUACCACUAUCCGUAUGUCUUCCUAAGCCCGGAUUCGCUUACCGAGGACUUCCAAUCCAGGGUGAAACAAAUUUGUUCUGGAGAGGUGUUUUUCGAACAGAUCCCGGAAUCGGUCUGGUCCACCCCGUCCAACAUUGACCCUGCCAAACAGAAGCAAGGGGUCGAGAAAUUGAACUUGAACGGUGUUAGAUACGCAGACGAUCUCAAUUAUCACCACAAGAUGAGAUUCAAAGCGGGCUACUUUUACAAAGCCGAGUCUCUGAAAAACUUCAAGUACUACUGGAAUCUCGAGCCGGGCAGUCAGUAUCAUUGCGAGGUCAACUACGAUGUGUUCAAGUUCAUGGAACAGAACGACCUCACUUACGGGUUCGCCAUAUCUCUGUACGACAACCCGUACACCAUCGAGACCUUGUGGCCCACGGCUCUGGAGUUUGUGCAAAAGCAUCCAAACUACAUCAGCCAGAACGCCUCGUUCAAUUGGCUGACCGAGUCGAUCCAGAAUCCAGCCUACACUGAAAUCGCCCACGGCUACUCCACAUGCCACUUUUGGUCGGCUUUCGAGAUUGGUAACAUGGACUUUUUCAGAUCCAAGGCCUACAACCAAUUUUUCCAGCACCUCGACAGCGCUGGCGGGUUCUAUUAUGAAAGAUGGGGAGAAGCGCCAGUUCACAGUAUCGCCCUUGGACUGUUCACAGACAAGAACAAACUCUGGUGGUUCAGAGACAUCGGGUUCUCGCAGUCUCCUUAUCAUCACCGGCCGCUCAACGAUAAGUGUCACUACUCAAGAGACCCACCAGGGUACUUUGCCGAAAAGAGCGUGCGAAACCAGAACUGCCUUCAAAACUGGUUGCGGUAUGAGCAAUCACAGCAAAAUAGAGAGGCAUAUACGGUGAAUAAUUAA